AUGACUAAUACAGGUAGUAGGGAUGAUGAAAGGAGGGCUCGCCAAGAAGCCGAGAUCCGAGGAAGAAAUGACUUCACUCUACAAGCUAUGCACCAACAAUUCGAAAGAUGGACCUUGCAAUUUCAAGAGAUCAAGGAUGCCAUUGCUGAACAAAAUGAGACAAUAGCUGAACUUAGGAGGGGAGGUCAACAUGUUGUACAACCACAAAAUAAUCCUAGGCCUCAAAAUAGAAGAAAUAUGCCCCAUGGCCCCAUUGUAAAUCAAGAAAACCCUAUAGAUGAUUUUGUUGAUGAUCUUGAUGUAAAUCUAGAUAGGGUAGGGAGAGAUAGGAGGGGACAACGAGGAAGAGUGGAAGAUGAUAACAUCAAUAGCAUAAAGAUGAAGAUGCCAACUUUCAAGGGCACAAGAGAUCCAGACUUGUACCUUGAUUGGGAGCGGAAAGUUGAAGCCAUUUUUGAUUGUCACAACUAUUCUGAAGCUAAGAAGGUAAAACUUGCCGUUGUUGAAUUUUCUGACUAUGCUUCUAUUUGGUGGAAAAAGCUUACAAGGGAUAGACAACAAGAUGGAGAACCACCCAUUGCUACUUGGGCUGAGAUGAAGAGAGUCAUGAAGAAGAGGUUCGUGCCUUCCCACUUUCAAAGAGACCUACAAAUGCGUCUUCGAAGAUUGGAGCAGGGAACCAUGACUGUUGAUGAAUACUUCAAAGCUAUGGAUAUGGCUAUGAUCCAAGCUAAUUGUGUAGAAGAUGAAGAGGCCACUAUGGCUAGAUUUCUUAAUGGUUUAAAUAAAGAAAUAGCUGAUGUAGUAGAGAUACAACAAUAUGUAACUUUAGAUGAGUUAGUGGACAUGGCUGUAAAAUUAGAAAAGCAAAUUAAAAGAAAGCAGCAAGCUAGCUCAUGGAGGAGUCAGCCAAACACCAAUUCAAAGAAGCCAUGGCCGAAACAAGAUGUGACUUCUAGGCCUCAAGAAGGCAAGGGGAAGGCCAAAGUAGAUGAAAAGGAGGGAGCUAGGAAGAUUCUUGAUGGAGAAAAUGAGAGUAAAAAAAGUGAGAAAGACGAAGAAGAGGGAGGUGUGAGUGAAGAUGAUGUAGAACUUCCUUUUAAUGAUAGUUUGGUUGCAGUAGUUAGGAGGAUUAUGGCUAUCAAUUUGGGAGUCAAUAGUGAAGAACAAAGGGAAAAUAUAUUCCAUACUAGGUGUGGGAUAAGGGGGAGAACUUGUUCUAUGAUUAUUGACAGUGGUAGUUGUGCUAAUGUAGUGAGUUCACACUUGGUAGAUACGUUAGGGCUUGCAUGCAUGAAACACCCUAAGCCCUAUAGACUCCAAUGGUUGAAUGGUAGUGGUGAACUGAAAGUCAACAAACAAUGCAUGAUUUCAUUCAAUGUUAGCAGGUAUGAGGAUGAUACUCUUUGUGAUGUCAUUCCUAUGCAAGCUUGUCAUAUCUUGCUUGGUCGUCCAUGGCAGUUCGAUAGGAAUACUUUUCAUGAUGGAAGGAAGAACAGAUAUUCACUUGAGCUUAAUGGCAAGAAGUAUACUCUUGCGCCUUUAACACCUUCUCAGAUUCCAAAUAGGCCUGCUUAUAGGAGUAAUCCUGAAGAGACAAAGGAGUUGCAAAGGCAGGUUGAAGAGUUGCUUAAAAAAGGGUUUGUGCGAGAGAGCUUGAGUCCUUGCUCAGUUCCUGUUCUAUUGGUGCCCAAAAAAGAUGGAUCUUGGAGGAUGUGCGUGGAUUGUCGAGCUAUCAACAAGAUUACGGUAAAGUAUCGUCAUCCUAUUCCUCGUCUUGAUGACAUGUUGGAUCAAUUGCAUGGGUCCAAAAUCUUUUCUAAAAUUGAUCUAAAAAGUGGUUACCAUCAGAUUCGAAUGAAUCCUGGAGAUGAAUGGAAAACUGCUUUUAAGACCAAAUAUGGGCUUUAUGAGUGUUCUAAGGGAGUUGAGGUUGAUGAAGAGAAAAUCAAGGCAAUUAGAGAGUGGCCUAAACCUAAGAGUGUAACUGAGGUUAGAAGUUUUCAUGGGCUUGCUAGUUUUUAUAGGAGAUUUGUUAGAGAUUUUAGCACCAUUGCUGCUCCUCUAACUGAAUCUUUUGAGGUUGAAUGUGAUGCUUCUGGAAAAGGAAUAGGUGCUGUUUUAAUGCAGGAAUCCAAGCCUAUUGCAUACUUUAGUGAAAAGUUGAGUGGAGCUACAUUGAACUACUCAACUUAUGACAAAGAGCUCUAUGCUUUGGUAAAGGCUUUAGCUACUUGGCAGCAUUAUUUGUGGCCUAGAGAGUUUGUGGUUAAGACUGAUCAUGAAUCCUUGAGAUAUUUGAAGAGCCAAGGUAACCAUAAGUCACUUUAA